CAAAAUGACGAGGCGAGUCGGAAUUCGAAUGCAGCGGGUACCAUCAUCAUUGCUGUUAUACUGCAUCUGUUUAGGUACAUUAGUCCAAGCGAUUACCGAUGGAGCCUUGUUCUUAGAACGAGGCCACCGUGGGAUCGUGCCCUGUCCCCUGAGCAAAACUUGCAAAAUACUGGUAGUACCAAACGUCGACGCGAUGUACUGGUACUAUGGCUCAACAAGCGACACAUCCCUGCUCAUCUCGUACUUCUGGGGAAGAGUGGCUCCACAAAACGGGAUCCCAGAGGGCGUCUAUGAUAUCGACGAUGAGUGCAAUCUCAUCAUUGAGAACGUCACCGCCUCCAAUGAGGGCGCCUACUACUUUAAGCUGAAACCACAUUUAAAAAGUAUGGAGGAGGGACAGAUUGAAGUUUAUGACAAGGUAUCCCCAAGUCAUCCAUAUCCUACCGUCAUCGGCUGCGAUCAAGACCAAGACGAAGACACGUGCGAGGUGAGAGUACGACACGACAGCACGGUGCAUAACCUGACCUGCGUCAUGGAGCAGGUCAAACCUGCCGUGGAAUUGAAGUGGUUUUUGGGCGGGCUGACGGAACUCAAGGCCUCAACAGCAGUCAGGUCUGUAUUUCUACCGGCUAACACAGGUUCGUCGUUGAGGAACAACACCUAUUCAACUUCAGCAACAAUCCAAGUUCCUUCGGAUUACAAUGACAUAGAAUAUGUAUGUGAGGCAAUGGGUGUUGCUGUAGGAAGUAGUUCUACACGCACGAGGGUGCGCCUAAUUACCCAAACUAAACCAACAACGGCAACUUAUGAUGAAGUUCAGUCCUCCAUCAAUCCAGGAACAACGCUUGCUUUGAUAGAUUGUAUUCCAAUUCCCAACAAACCCGUCGAUUCGAUUGUGAUAUUAUGGGUCUUGGCUUCAAUCUUACUCACCUGCAUUGUCGCUGCCGGUAUCUACAUUGUCUGUCUCAAGAAGACACAAAGUGAACUCAUUCGUGACUUUCGUGCUGGAACCUACGCCACUGUGUCUAUGAGCCUCCAGGACCCUCCAUGA